AUGAGAAAGUUUCCGUGGGGUCUUCGCGCUUAUGACGAGCUGCUUGCUUCCAUAUUAAAGGCAAGGACCGAUUUGCAUCUGAAGAACAGCUACGUUUUGGAUGGAUUCUCAUAUGCGUUUCAGAUAUGGAUCAUGGAGGCAGUCCCAGACAUUGGUACUAUGGUGGCUAAGAAGUCAAAAAAAAACAUUGUCAAGGUGAGGUGUAGAAAUUGGGCAGGAAGUGGAAAAGUAUCUUAUCAAGAUAUCAUCAGCCUAGAAUCCCACUUUGACAAGGGAGAGUUGUUUCCAUUUAUAUCAUCAAGUGGGAAGUUGGGUGUGAUUGAUGAUCCUGAGUUCAAAAGAGAAGAUGAGAAGAAGGACGAAAGAGUUGAUAUGAUUGUUGAUAUGAUCAAAGCCAAUCAUGACUGGAGGGAAUUCGUUUGGGAAGUUGAGUCUCUGCCAACAAACAAUCUAUUUUCUGACGAAGAAGAAGACGAGGUUGAAGAUGAAGAUGUCACGGAGCCGCCUAUUGUUGCAGAGAAGCCGACAGCUGCUGUCAAGAGCGCGAAGCGUAAGCGCCAUGACCCUGGUGUGGAGUCUCGGAAGAGAGAACUCCUAUGUCAACGAGCAGCUGAACAUAAGAGUGGUGUCUCCGGUGAAAUGAAGACCUUUAUUCAGGG